GUAGUUACAACAGAUGUUGAAGAUGGAGAGGUUUUUAACGGCUGGCUCUUAGUUCAAAUUAUACUAUAACGUCGAAAAUCCUCAUUUGUUGCGUCUUCAAUCAAAAACUAACAAACAGGCGUUGGCUUGGACGCUGGAAGUUGACUGCAUCUUUUCUAACUACGACAACCACGGAUGCUUUCGGCUGAAAGUCGCUCACUCGUUAAACCGAAACACCGGCCUGCUGACAUUUAUCAAAAAGACUGGGUGCACUAUGCAGAAAAUGAACUACUUCUUCCCCAUGCUCUUCGUCUGCCUGGAUGUGUGUGUGGUGCACGCCAUCCGCUUGGCCCAGUUCUCAUCUACCCUCUUCUUCCAUCCUUUCAUCACCAUGUGGGGAGGAGGGUUAACACGGGCUGUCCUCCUCUCCCUCUUCACCCUCACAUAUCCUGGAAGCCUGCCGUGGAUGUGCAGCUUUGAGGGUCAGCAGAGUUUGGGAGUCCUUUGCUUCCAUUUCCCAGCGUACAUCAGUCUUCUGUGGGUACUGGGGCAGUCCACCACCGAGGAAGUGUGGGGGUGGCACUCCUGGGACAGGGUAUUACAGGGGUAUGCUGUGACAAUGGUGGCAUGGCUCUACUGGAGUCAAUAUGCUUUAUCUAAGUUGCACUCCUUGGGUCGAUACAUCUCAUCUCUGCGGACUAGAGUGCCAUCAAGGCCCCAAGAUGACACCAGUACUCCUCUGAAAAGACUGCUGGGAUACAUGAGGCCCUACAAGUGGCGCUUUGUUGCUGUGUUGAUCCUUGUUAUCCUCUCUUCCUAUGGUGAGAUGGCUAUUCCUCGGUACACGGGUCGAGUGGCUGACUGGAUCCUGAAUGAAGAAGAACCUGAUGCAUUCAUGGAAGCCAUCAAAAUCAUGUCCAUAUUGACUAUUGGCAGUGCUGUGCUGGAGUUUUUCUGUGACCUGAUGUACAAUGUCACUAUGAGUCUCGUUCACACCUUAGUGCAGAGAGAAGUCUUCAAGGCCGUCAUAAAGCAGGAGAUUGCCUACUUUGAUGAAAAUGCAACAGGUGAACUUGUGUCACGCAUAACCACAGACACAAAUGAUAUGAGCGAAGCACUGAGUGAGAAACUAAGUCUUCUGAUGUGGUAUGCUGGACGUUUUGCCUUCCUGUUGUACUUCAUGUUGAGCCAGUCCUGGAAAAUGACCCUGCUUACCUGCAUGGGACUGCCCAUCAUCUGGGUCAUACCUAAAUUCACAGGACACUUUUACCAGAAAAUUGCUGCAGAAGUGCAGGGGUCACUGGCCAAGGCCAACCAGGUAGCCACAGAGACCUUCUCCUCCAUGAAGACAGUGAGAAGCUUUGCCAACGAGGAUGGAGAGACAGAGAGGUACAGGAGGCAGCUUGAGGAGACUUAUGCCCUCAAUAAAAAGGAGGCCGCUGCCUAUGCAGCCUCAACCUGGGCUAACAGCAUGACCACUCUGGCCCUGAAAGUGUGCAUCCUGUAUUAUGGAGGGACUCUUGUGACCAGGGGUACUGUCAGCAGUGGAGACCUGGUGUCAUUUGUCCUCUUUGAACUACAGUUUGCAGAUGCUGUUGAGGCUGUCAUGCGUUACUACCCAGAGGUGAGAAAGGCGAUUGGGAGCUCUGAAAAGAUCUUCGAGAUUUUGGAUCGAAAACCUAAAAUUCCCAAAGAUGGCACUUUAUCCCCUGAAAAUCUUGAGGGACAUAUUCAGUUCAAAAAUGUGUCAUUUUCAUACUCUGACAAGGACGAUAGCAAUCUUGUGCUGAAGGAUGUGUCUCUGGAUAUUAAACCGGGCAAAAUCACUGCCCUUGUUGGGCUUAACAGAUCAGGGAAGUCCACCUGUGUGAAGCUCCUGGAGAGAUUUUACCAGCCCUUAGCAGGGAAGAUCUUCCUGGAUGGGAAACCACUGCUAGAAUACAAAGACCAGUAUCUACACGACAAGAUUGCUGUGGUGAGCCAGGAUUGUGUGCUGUUUGCUCGCUCCGUGAGGGAGAACAUCAAGUACGGCUUAGAGAAUGCGUCUGAUGAUGAUGUGUACGCCGCUGCCAAGAAGGCUAGUGCCCACGACUUCAUCAAGGCGCUGUCCAAUGGAUAUGACACAGACGCUGGAGAGAAAGGAGGACAGGUGUCUGGAGGUCAAAAGCAGCGCAUUGCCAUUGCCAGAGCUUUAAUCAGACGUCCAAAGAUCCUGGUACUGGACAACGCCACCAGUGACCUGGACCUAGAGAAUGAACACCAGGUCCACCAAGCUCUGUUAGACCAAACAACGAACUGCACCGUGCUGUUGAUUUCCAACAAGAUGACUGUCGUUGAAAAGGCAGAUCAUAUAAUUGUUCUCAAAGAAGGGACAGUGGAGGAGGAGGGCUGUCAUGAUGAGCUUCUGAAGAAAGAUGGCCAUUAUGCUGAGCUGGUUAGAAAGCAGAAUACGAGCUUUGAACGUCGAGGAGAGGAAGGAAAUGAUUCACAUUGAUGGGAGGUAGAUUUAUUUAUAAAGAUUGUUGGUUGAUUGAUCUGACACUGAGGUGCAUUGAUAAAAUUUGAAUAUAGAUUAUGAGAAAGCCUUCUGCGGUUCUCUGUAUUGCUCUUAUAGGUCACUUAAGCUGUCCACUAAUUGCCACACCAGAAAUGCUCACACAUUUUGCUGGUCUUUAUGGUGAAUCAAGGUUAUCAUUGGUGAUGUGAUGUCAGCUAUCCACUCCAUCAUCUUUACCUUUCUGUGCAGUACCGUUUUACUACUACAAGAGAAUGCACUGAACUGACAAGACAUGUGGAACCAAGAUGAUUUUUCCAUGCUAGCUAAUGAAAAAGCACAUUAACAAACAACAAAAGUUGACUUAAGUACUGUACAAUUUGGAGAAAAAAAGCAAUUUAGUCAUUUCUUGUAUGGCUGCAAUUGGCUAGUUACAUGCUAGUUCACCCAGGUUGCUCCUCUAAGACCUGGUCCAGUUUUUAUAAAACUCAACUCAAACAGACAUCUUCUUACACACAUCAAAUAAACAUCUUAAGUGAUCUACAAUCAUCAGAGAGACAUUUCAAACUAAAUUUAAAUGGAAUAGCCAUGUUUUCUAAAUCAAAAUGGUGCAAAACCACACUGUUCUUACGAGAUGCUAUCAGUACAUCAGAUCACCAUUGUGUUUUUAUGGGGAAAAAGCAAUUCCGCCACAUGCAAUAGUUAUUUACUACAGGCUUACUUGUGGCAGUAACAUCCUAGAUACCUGAACCUGAACCGCUAAAGAAUAUUAAGAAUUAGGUUAAUCAACUAGUAAUUCUGGUGCUGACUACCUAGGGAUCUGUCUGUUUAGCUGGCUAAUUCCUGGUAUUUAAAGUAGUUUGUUUUUGUUUUUGUUUUUUUAUUAUUGAAAUAUUUAGCUUUUUAUGCAUCUUGGCAAUUGGUGAAGUAGUAUUUAAAGAAGUAAGCACACUUGAAACAAAGCCUUGAAUCAUUUGAUUAAAUUUGAAUAAAUGAGGUGCAGUAGACACUGUCAUUGCACAGUUGUGCAACUGUGCUUCUCCUAAGUGACACAUUCACACAGUAUGAAAGCAGCUUUGUUCAGCACAUAAAGGCAGAAAAAUAUUCAAAAAGAUGUCUAUAAAAAAAUCAUACAUUCAAAUAAAUUUUCAAAAACAACUGUAAUUGCACUCUUCUAAAAAAUAUUGCAUAGUCUCAGUGUUAAUUUCUUUUUGAAAAACAUUUAUCAUUUUAGGAGGAAAGCUGCUACGUCUGUGCGCAUCACCAUGGCUUCGUCAGCAAAAAUGUCAAGUAUGGACUCGCUUUUGGAUAAAAUCCUCUACCAGGGUCCAAUAAGUUGAUAUUGGGAUAUUGAUAUAUGUAACAGCAUAAAUUAUCUUGAGAAUAAUAGAAUUCCCAAAUGGCUUGUAAAAUGACUCCAUCAUGUUGAAAAACCUUUGUGGUUGUCAUUUAUUUUAAACAGAGCCCUCAUUGGUCUAAAAAAAAACAGAGGAGAGUAUGAAAAGGAUGAUCUUGAUAUUUCCCAUGUUUUGUGACAUAAACACAUUCACAACAGAAGUUUCCAUUGAGAAGUUCCAGUGUGCCAGGGGCUUUGAAUAGAACUAAGGAGAGUCAGUGAUGAUCAGACUCUGAGUGUGCAAACACUUUGAAUAUAUAAGAUGAAGAGGUGGUAAAAAUCCUCGCUUUAACUAAUUCUAUAUUGGGAUAUUUGAGGUUGUGUUUUUAUGUUUUGGUUGUGUCACUUUUUUUCCAAAAUGCUUUUGUACUUUUUCCUGAGUCUAUGGUUCUUUGUAAAUCUGUGUUCAUACAACAUUAAAUCUUUGCCUUUG